AUGCAUUUACAAGAGUUUAACCUUGAGGUUUUAUUAAAUGAUCAACCUUUACCAGAAUAUAAUCUUCCGAUUGAUGUAUCCGAUUUAAAUAAGAAAUACGUUUCUUACGUCAUUGAUCCUUUAACACAAACAAAAAAAUACAGCGAUUUUACAACAUAUUUUCCAGUUAUAACCGCAGGAGAAGGCUACAAGAUUAAAAUUGAAGCUAAACAAGCGAAUCCGACCAACGUCAUAAUCUCUCGAUUAUAUAUAGAUGGACGAUUGGAUCCAACUCAACUACUUCAUCAACGAUCAAGUUCAAGGACGAGAUCGUUACCAAUCAAUUUUUUAAAAUCGGACAGCUCAAUCCCUAAACGACCAAAAGUACAAAAUAAAUAUCAAUAUGGAAAGCAUGGUUCUAUUACGAUAUGUUUUUUCAAGGGGAUUAUCGUUGAUGAAAAUUCAUUACAACAUCAAUCAGGAUUAGCAGAGAAUGAGGAUGUCGAUUAUACAACCGAAUUUGAUAUCAUGAACGCAAAUUUUCAACCUAAAACUGUAAUAAAAAUUGUUAAUUUAAAUCCUAUAGCUGAGUUACAUCUUCAUUAUCGUCCUGAGGAUUGGCUGACUAAUAGAGGAUUUUCGUUACCAAUUUUAAAUGGUGUCAAAGGAGGAAAGGAAGAGGGUGUGAAUUCAAUUACUGAAGAAGAAAAUAAAAUUUACGACCUCCCAAAGUUAUCUCAAGAGAUCACGAAAAUUGAAAACAUAAACGCGAAAAAAAUCGACGAAACUCUGGGAAUUAAAGAAAUUGGAAAUUAUGGAAUUUGA